GAAUCUGGGUGUGUUCGAGUUCCUGUCCCGGCUGGACGUCUGCUACAAGUACGAGGCCGGCGUCGCGCAGGGCACCGCCUCCUCGAAGCCCGCGAGCGGGCCGCCGGUGGCGCGCGAGGCUACGCCGUGGGCCCGCUCCGCCCUGUCGCACCUGGGCAGGGUGCUGUGGAUGGAGGCCUCCGACGGCUCGCCCAAGGCGGGCUCGCGCAGGAUGCUGGAGGUCUUCCGGCAGUUCGACGAGGACCGCGACGGCCUGCUGAAGCGGGUGGAGUUCGCGGGGGCCGUCAAGGCCCUUCUCGUGGAGUACGAGCGCGAGCUGCCGGCGGUCCUCGCGCAGGCUUCCGUGUCCGACGAGCGAGUCAACGAGCUCGUGGACUGCGUCGAUGUCUCUGGGACGGACGGCAUGGUGAACUACAUGGAGUUCCUCCACGCCUUCCAGCCGGUGGACACCACGCCUGGGAGGGGCCUCCGCACGGACCUCAUGGAGCCAGAUCUGCACCACCAUCAUGGCCAACGCCUCCAGCCUUCUGAGCACGCUGCAGGUGCUGGAGGAGCGCGCCGCCGCGGCCGAGGAGCGCAAGGGCGGCAGGCCUGGCGCACCGGGGCGCGUGACGCGGGACGAUAUUGUCAGGCACACCCUGAGAUCGCUCAACGCCAGCCUGGAGGCCUCCCGCAGCGCGUCGCGCGGCGCCCCGCUGACGUCGGACCAGAUCGACAUCAUUGUCGACCAUGCCUGCGUCGACGCGGAUGGCUCGCUGGACUACAAGGCCUUCCUCGACUCCUUCCAGAUCGUGGACACCCUCUCCGGCGGAGAGGAGGAGGUACCUGCAUCUCGCCGUAG